GCUCACCAAUCGAUUAGGAAUUGUAUCUAAUUGCUAUUUUAAAGAAUUGUAUUAUGAAGUAUUAUAAGUUCUAUUCUUAAUUGUAAAUACUAAAUAGUCUUACGUACAAAUUCACAAAAAAUCGCUACGUUUACGAUAUCCAAGUUUUUAUAAAAAAAAUUGGCUUUUGAUCCAAAAAAUAAUUAUACGCUUGAACUUGUCAUGGGUGGUUGGAUUAUUAUUCGAAAGUCACAUCAUUUUCAAACUAAUUGUAUUGUGAAUUAACAUUUUUUUUAUUCGAAGUACUUCUCAAUUUUAUUGAUUAAAAUUGUAAAUCUGUAUAAUUUAUAAUCUAUACUGCAAUAUACCAUUUCAAGUUAUUUUUACAUACAGUCUGUGGUCUGUUCUAGGGAAUGAAUUCAGCAGUUUUGUAUCGAAAACUUAUCAUGUAUUUUUUUUCUGAAACGCUCUUCCGUGAUUAUAUUAUACAUAAUACCUUUGUAUUAAUUAAAACUUACAAAAACUAUUGAUUAUGAGUAAGUUGAAUAUGUAUUUCGUGUUGUAAACAAUGUUUAAAGGUCAUAAAAUACAACUCUAUACAACUAACCGCAAUAUCGACAGAAAUCUAAUAUUGUUCCAAAUCACUUAUUCGACAUUUUAUACGGUUAAAUACGUCGGGAUGAAGACUUCACAAGCAGUUCAGUAGAGAUCCCGGCAGCAAAAUGAAGUUCUUUAUUUCCCUGUUCGUGUUCGCUGUUUCAGUAGCAGCAAUCAACGCUAUUUGCUUGCACUGCAGUAACCACACUGGCAAUUACCAAGAAAUCAAAUACGAAGAUCUGAAAACUUUAGAAAAUCAAGAAGAUCAAAAUAACAACGAAUCCAUUGAUGUUGCCCAACAAAUCAGAAUUAUUCUGAAAGCUAGUCAAAAGUAUCAAUUAUACGUUGAACAAGCCAAAAGGAACCUCAAAUUCUCAGACCCAAUGAGCUUGAUCGAUGCUACUGAGUUCUUGAACAACGGCGAAAUCGAAUAUAGAAACACCAAAAUUCAAGGUUUGGGAAAUGCAAUUUUGAAUGAAGUCAACGUGGACAAAAUCGGAGAAAACAUGUUUUCGGUCACCGCUGUCUUGAAGAAAGCCAUUGUUGUCGGCGAUUACAAGGCUGCCACUUCUAAAAAUACUGAGUCCGGACAGUUCAUCAUCACAUUGAGAGAUAUCGAAUUCAAAGCGAAGUUCCUUCUGAACGAAUUCAUGGAAACUCGGCCAGAAAUCGACUCCAAGUCAUUGAUGUUCGGUCACCACGAGUCAACAUUCACCAACAUGGAAGUGUUGAACGAGUUGAGCGAAAACACCCAAUUCAAAAAGCCGUAUGUCUACUACUACAACUACCUCAACAAAGUGAUCAAAGGCCGUCUCGCAGAAGAGAUGACUGUCAGUUUCGCUCCCCUAAUUGCAAUGCGUCUCUCACAAGAGCUGAAACCUACUGUCUUAUUCCCAACCCAAUCCAUGGCUGUCCCAAAAACCAACGCUUACAUUGCUCCAGGAGUACAAGCCAAGAUUUACAACACUAUGUUAAACGACUUGAGCGGCACUAACAAAAUCCAAAAGCUGGUCAACUACACCGUCAACAAUGAUCAAACUGAAAUGCUCUUCUGUUUCACAUCGUUUGACCUGAGGGGCAACAACGAAUGGGCUUUGGAAUACAACACCGGAAACAUGUACAAUGGCAAGGCUUCGUUUGCCAUAGAAAACCUUCAAACCAUGAUCGUAGUCACUAAACCUAACGGACAAGGGGAGAUUACCAAGAAAUUCUCAAAGACCACCGUCAAUGGGCUCACAGUGAUGUUGAAUAACGAUAACAACUGCGAAACCAUCAGGAAUUUCGCCCAUCAGCGUAUCCCGAAAGUCUUGGAAAACAGCUUGCAGACAUUCAUCGACGAGCAUACCGAGAUGAUAUUGAAUAACCAAUUCGCCCUUAUUGGUUUGAAAUAUAAAAACUGACUUAAUGUUAUCUUAAAUUCAUAGUAUAUUGUGUUGUAAGACACAACAGAAUAAAUGAAAA